UUUUUGUUGUAUCGGGCGACAAGGUCGAAGCUCCAGCCUCCAACUCCACUGUUACAAAACAGCUUCAACUGGAUCCUCCUCCCCUCUUCUCUUUCUUCAGUCUUCUGCUACCGGAGUGUUUCGUCUCUGUUUUCUCCGACAUUUGAUUCGUGAGAUCCAUCGCCAUACCAUACAUUUCCCUGUCGGGAACUCCGCUGGAGUGGCCGGAGAGGAAACCUUGAAGAAUUGAAGAUAGAGGAAGAAGAGGUAGAGACGUACUCGUGCAGCCAAUUCGACAAUGGCGCAAGCUCUUCAUCUGUCUUCACCAUCGUCGUCUCGGACCCUAUCGAAGCUAUCAUUCUUGAGACAGACUUGCCCUUUUACAUCUUAUCCUAAGAAUCGGAUCCAUUUCAAUGUCGUGCGGAGACACCAAUCGGCUGUAUCAUCAGAUCUUCAAUCCUCGUCGUCAGCUGGAGUUUUGGUCUCUGAUAAUGGCAAGGGCGGUGUUUUUCCAGUUGAUUCGAGCGCCAUCGAGGUUGAUGCGGUGACAGAGGUGGAGCUUAAGGAGAAUGGAUUCCGUAGUACGAGGAGGACGAAGCUCGUCUGCACAAUUGGCCCCGCCACCUGUGGGUUUGAGCAGCUGGAGGCGCUUGCCGUGGGAGGGAUGAACGUAGCUCGGAUCAACAUGUGCCAUGGCACUCGAGAGUGGCAUCGUAGUGUGAUCCAAAGUGUGCGGAGACUCAACGAAGAGAAAGGCUAUGCUGUUGCAAUCAUGAUGGAUACGGAAGGGAGUGAGAUUCACAUGGGGGACCUUGGUGGUGCGCCGUCUGCCAAGGCUGAGGAUGGCGAGACCUGGACAUUUAGUGUUCGUGCUUUUGACUCACCGCUUCCAGAACAUACCAUCAAUGUAAACUAUGAUGGUUUUGCUGAAGAUGUGAAAGUGGGAGACGAACUUCUCGUGGAUGGGGGAAUGGUGAGGUUUGAGGUGAUUGAGAAGAUUGGUCCUGAUGUCAAGUGCCGCUGUACUGAUCCAGGGCUAUUGCUACCACGGGCAAAUUUGACUUUCUGGCGUGAUGGAAGUUUGGUUCGAGAACGUAAUGCAAUGCUUCCCACAAUUUCUUCUAAGGAUUGGCUGGACAUUGAUUUCGGGAUUGCAGAGCGUGUGGAUUUUAUUGCAAUUUCGUUUGUCAAAUCUGCUGAAGUUAUUAAUCAUCUUAAGAGCUACAUAGCUGCACGAUCACAUGACAGUGAUAUUGCCAUCAUUGCAAAGAUAGAGAGUAUAGACUCUUUGAAGAACUUGGAAGAGAUUAUUCAGGCCUCAGACGGAGCAAUGGUGGCUAGAGGAGAUUUGGGUGCUCAGAUCCCUUUGGAGCAAGUCCCUGCGGCCCAGCAGAGGAUUGUUCAAGUGUGCAGGGGGCUAAAUAAGCCUGUCAUUGUUGCUUCUCAGCUGCUUGAGUCCAUGAUUGAAUACCCUACGCCCACCAGAGCCGAAGUUGCUGAUGUUUCUGAAGCAGUUAGGCAGCGGGCAGAUGCUUUGAUGCUUUCUGGUGAGUCAGCGAUGGGUCAAUUCCCAGAUAAGGCAUUAACUGUGCUUAGAAGUGUCAGCCUGAGAAUAGAGAGGUGGUGGAGGGAGGAGAAACGCCAUGAAGCUAUGGAACUCCCAGACAUUGCCUCUUCGUUCUCAGAAAGUAUUUCAGAGGAGAUCUGCAACUCUGCUGCUAAGAUGGCCAACAAUUUGGGGGUGGAUGCCAUUUUUGUUUACACAAAGACCGGACACAUGGCGUCUCUCCUUUCACGCUGCCGUCCUGACUGCCCAAUUUUUGCUUUCACUUCCACAACAUCUGUGCGGAGACGUCUGAACCUACAGUGGGGCCUAAUACCCUUUCGCCUGAGCUUUUCUGAUGACAUGGAGAGCAACCUUAAUAAAACAUUCUCUUUGCUGAAGGCCAGGGGGAUGAUUCAGUCUGGUGACCUUGUCAUUGCUGUCUCAGAUAUGUUACAAUCCGUUCAAGUGAUGAAUGUUCCUUGAAUAUGUUCUUACCUUAGUGCUUUCAGUUGUCAGAAAUAUUUGAAAUUAUCUGCUACUAUCUUGUAAUUGUCUUAAGUUAGGAACUUAUUAAUGUCAGAGAUCAACUAAUAGUUCAGCAGUUUAGUUCCCACUACAAACCGAAAGAGAGAAUUGGUCUUGGGUUCACUGUCAUCAGCUUUCCUCAAGCUGUUGAAUUAUAGUUUCACUACAGCAAUUUGGCAAGCGAAAUGUCAGUUCUACUACAUCCUUUUGUUCAGCUUGCUUCUCCUUUUGGGGGAGGGGGGUGUUUGGGGGGGAGAGAUCUGGAUUGACAAACUAGCAUUCUAGCCUUUUCAUAUUUGCAAUUGUUUUUUGGUAAUGAAUGUCCUCUAAUGAGCUGAUCUCUAUAAUGCUAUGUUUAUACUUCUCUCUUUUCGUAUUUUAAAGCUCAUUGUAGCAUUCUAGCC